UUCUCUCAGUCUCCUCUCUGCUCCGCCAUCUUCUCCUCCCUCCUCCCCCUUCAAAAGCUGAGCUCCUCUCCGCUUCCAUCUGGCGCCGUGCCUGCCGUCUAAGCUUUCCUUCCUCCUCCUCCUCUCCGCAGCCGCCCGUCGCCAGACCAGAUUGGAUCUAAGCCCAGAUUGUUUUGAUGGCUCCCGGUGUAGAAGCCGUGAAGAAGGUGACAGACUCAUUUCAAAAGGUUCCUGCUUUGAAUGAAAGAAUAUUGUCAUCCAUGUCCAGGAGAUCUGUUGCCGCACAUCCUUGGCAUGAUCUGGAGAUAGGUCCUGAUGCACCAACUAUAUUCAACUGUGUCAUUGAGAUACCCAGGGGCAGCAAGGUCAAAUAUGAACUUGACAAGAAAACUGGACUGAUAAAGGUGGACCGCGUGCUGUAUUCAUCAGUUGUGUACCCUCACAACUAUGGGUUCAUUCCUCGCACACUUUGUGAGGACAGUGAUCCUCUGGAUGUGCUGGUUAUAAUGCAGGAGCCAGUUAUACCAGGUUGUUUCCUGCGUGCAAAGGCAAUCGGUCUUAUGCCUAUGAUUGAUCAGGGAGAGGCAGAUGACAAGAUCAUUGCAGUGUGUGCUGAUGAUCCUGAAUACAAGCAUUACAAUGAUAUCAAGGAGCUCCCACCUCACCGCUUGGCUGAAAUCAGGCGCUUCUUUGAGGAUUACAAGAAGAAUGAGAACAAGGAGGUUGCUGUGAACGACUUUCUGCCCUCGAGUGCCGCUUAUGAAGCCAUACAGCAUUCCAUGGAUCUGUACGCUACUUACAUCGUGGAGGGCCUGAGGAGGUAGGCUGCUGCCGCGUGGUGGUUCGGUGCCUUGCUUGUUCAUCACUGAGCGGGACCGGGAGGAUGUUGACGAAAAGUGUGGAGAAUAUAUUGUUACCAUAUGAAACAAGUAUUGUUACUUUGUUGGUGUGACUUGUGUACCGCUAGUAAUGGAUCCUCAAUCAAGGAGCUCCCCCUUGGGAAUUAGUAGUAGUUGAAGCAGCCAGUAGCACAACGAAGUGAAGAGAUGUUCUUUUUCGGCCAGUGAGAGAGCCUGUAUGUUGUACCUCAUUGGUAUCAUGUUAUUCAUUUCCUCGGUGAUAUAAUUCAUCGACUAUUGUUUUGUAUCAUUGGAAAUAUAAUGGCGAUGC